UCAAUAAAACAUAUAACAUGUAAUGUAGUGCAGUAACAAUAUUGCUGUACUCUGUACCAGUACUUUAGUAUGCAGCACUAAUGUCAUUAAACAGUGUCGUACAUUAUUACUGCUGCGUUAACUUUAACAUCUGAAAACUAAUUAAACAAACAGAAAUAAAAAUCGGAUUUUUACGUCACAUUCUCCGUCAGGUUUAAAACAUCUGUCUCCGCACCGUGCGUCAUGACGUCACCGCUCCGCCGCCGUGCGCUGUGUCGUAAAGAGACAUGACGUAGUAAAAAAAAAAAAAAAAAAAGCGUCCUUUACCGGGAGGAAGAGGGCGAGCGUCCCGCACGAGGACAGGUGAAUCACCAUGACGACAGAGCCAGGUGAGCCACAGGAGGCCCAGCCCAAAGAGGCGGAGUCUUUCCCUGAAGCUGUCGCCCACUCCACACCUAAACAGGGAGGGGAGGGUGGGCUGUCCCAGAGCCAAGCUCAGAGCUCAUUGGCCGAGGACUCGACGAGUCACCUGUCGUCGAGCAGUCGAAUCGCUCGCUCUCCAGCCAGAAACCCGCUGAGCUUCAGGACGAUGCAGACCAAAGUGACCCUGCUGGAUGGCUCGCUGUUCACCUGCACUGUGGAGAAACGUGCUCGCGGUCUGCAGCUGUUUGAGAAGGUUUGUGAACACAUUAACCUGCUGGAGAGAGACUACUUCGCUUUGUCCUUCAGAGAUGCAGACAACAACAAGAACUGGUUGGAUCCGGCGAAGGAGAUGAAGAAGCAGGUCAGAGGGGUUCCCUGGAACUUCUCCUUUAACGUCAAGUUUUACCCUCCUGACCCUGCCCAGCUCUCUGAGGACAUCACCAGGUACUUCCUGUGUCUCCAGCUCAGACAAGAUAUAGUUUCUGGUCGUCUUCCAUGUUCAUUUGCGACUCACACAGUCCUCGGCUCCUACACCAUCCAAUCAGAGCUCGGAGACUACGAUCCUGAUGAGUGUGGUUCAGAUUACAUCAGUGAACUCUGUUUUGCUCCGAAUCAAACAAAAGAAAUGGAGGAGAAGAUCAUGGAGCUGCAUAAAACAUACAGAGGAAUGACACCGGCUGAAGCAGAGAUGCACUUCCUGGAAAACGUAAAGAAACUUUCCAUGUACGGAGUCGACCUUCAUCACGCAAAGAUGGUAGGAAGCCGCUUUGAUUGCUUGCCUUCAGCUAAGUCAGAGGACUCAGAGGGCGUGGCCAUCAUGCUGGGCGUGUGCAGUAGUGGUCUGCUGGUCUACAGAGACAGACUGAGGAUCAACAGAUUCUCGUGGCCGAAGAUCCUGAAGAUCUCGUACAAAAGGAACAACUUCUACAUCAAGAUUCGACCUGGAGAGUUUGACCAGUUUGAGUCUACUAUUGGUUUCAAGCUGCUGAACCACAGAGCAGCUAAAAGACUAUGGAAAGUCUGCGUGGAGCAUCACUCCUUCUUCAGGCUGGUGUCUCCAGAGGAGACCCCUAAGAAGUUGCUGUCUCUGGGUUCAAAGUUUCGUUACAGCGGUCGGACUCAGAUUCAGAGUCGCAGAGCCAGUGCUCAGAUCUCCAGACCUGCACCGCAUUUCCCACGAUGCAUCAGCAAGAGGAACAUGCUGAGCCGUAGCCUGGAUGGAGCUUCAAGGGCCACGCCCACAUCCUCUCUGAUUGGCUCCCCAGCCAUCACAGCAUCCCCCAAAGCCAACGGUGGUACAAACACAGAUAUGGGUACGGGGUUGUACGGAGCGUCUAAAGCCAUCGCUAUUAGUGACCUCAUCACCACGGUAACACCUGAGAGGAGGACGGAGGAGAGGAGGGCGGAGCAAGUUGAGGAGGUGCUGGUGGUGGAGGAGGAGGUUCAGGAGAGGAUGGAGGUCGAUAAAGAGGAGGUGCAGCAGCUGCAUAGGGAGGAGGAGGAGGAAGAGGAGACCAGAGCGACAGAGACUUCUCAGCAGAGUCCUUUGACUCCCCAGAAACAGGACACCAAGACCGAGCUGACUGAUACAGCUGUGGACGGAGACCUGACGGCGACUGAGUCUGAUCAGGAUGAAGACUUGAAAACUCAGGAGACAUUGGGAAGUCCAGAGGAGGAGCAGAAACCUCAGAGCACCAUCAGCGCUCUCAGACGCUCCUUCUUAGAGGGAGGAGGAGGAGGAGGAGGAGGGAUGACAGAGUGGGAGAAACGUCUCGCCUCCUCACCUCUACGACGAGUCGACGACUCCCCGAUGAUUGAACCGCUGGAACCAGACGAGCCUAAACCUACAUUCGAUGAAAUGUCUCCUGAGCUGAACGCUCUGCUGAAGUCGGCCAGAGAACAAAAAACCUUCAGAGAACACAACCUGCUGAAGACAUCAGAGAAGGUGGAGACAGUCUUCUUAAUGACAGAGUCAUGUGACCAGGACCAGCCAAUGGUGGACCAGCCUCAGGAGGUUCCAGUGAUGAGGAAGACUCUCACAUAUGAAGCUCCAGGGAGCCGAGAGGACUCUGAUCCUCCUGCAGGCUUGCUGCUGAGCUCCCAGACCUUCACUGCAGAGACCUCCAACACCACCACCACCACACACAUCACCAAGACGGUAAAAGGAGGAAUUUCAGAAACCAGAAUCGAGAAGAGAAUUGUGAUUUCUGGAGACACAGAAAUCGACCAUGACCAGGCUCUGGCGGCGGCGCUCAGCGAGGCUCGGCGGCAGCAUCCUGAGCUGUCCGUCACACGAGUUGUCGUCCAUAAAGAAACAGAGGUCUCUCCUGAUCAUGUGAUUGAUUAGUGACAUCACAGGACUGAAUGUAGAAGUCUCUGCAGCAUUAUGGGAGUUGUAGUCCAGACAGAACCAACAAAGACACUGUUUGCUGCGACACCCAGUGGACAUUAAUGGAGCUGAGAAUUUACAAAUGUACACACAUGCAUGUACACCUGUACAUACACACACACACACACACACACAGCAGCACCUGUCUGUUUGACCAGGGGUGGGGCCCGUGUCUGAGUUAGCUUCAGAGCAGUUAGCAUUAGUUUGAUAAUAUGAUUAGAUUUAGUUGAAAGCUUCAUGAUGGCAUUUUCAGACACAUUUAAGACAAAGAACGACUCUGUUCUGUACUGAAUAAAAUAUUUAUACAACACAGACAACGGCAGAUGGCCGCCCGCCCUGAGUCUGGUUCUGCUCGAGGUUUCUGCCUGUUAAAGGUUUCCUGCCACUGUCGCCAAGUGCUUGCUCGUGGU